CCACUUGCCAACUCUGAGCAUUUAGCAAGCCUCCAAUGGAGGUUUUCAACACCUUCCCAACCUGUGAACUCCAACCACUGGAUUUACUGCACCUGCAUUUAAGUCUGCAUUCAUGGCUUUAGCUGGCAGAUGGCCCUCAUGCAGUCCUCCCUCCUUAUAAUAACCCCUUCCCCAUGCAGUUAACGCUCUCAACUCAGAACACCGCUACUGCUACUACAGCGCUUGUCUUCACUCGCGUUUCCACCACCACUGCUCUGCCACCAAUCCUUGCUACUGUGUUCUCUUCUGCUUUCUCCGCCGAUAACGUCACUGCUGCAGUUUCUGAUAGGUUGUGUUGCUGCACUGCGGGUGGCAGCAGCAACGCUUCUGCAUAUGGACCUCGUCGACGUCCUGUACGUCGUCGGCGCUGCCGUUGUGGCGGCCGUGUGGUGGCGCCGCUGUUCGACGACGCCGGAGGGGCUCCCGCCCGGUCCGCCGGGGUGGCCGGUGGUGGGAAACCUGUUCCAGGUGAUCCUGGAGCGGCGGCCCUUCAUGUACGUCGUUCGGGACCUGCGCAAGCGCUACGGCCCCAUCUUCACCAUGCGGAUGGGGCAGCGGACCCUCAUCAUCGUCACCUCCGCCGACCUCAUCCAUGAGGCGCUGGUGCAGAGGGGUCCCCUCUUCGCCAGCCGGCCCGCCGACUCCCCCACCCGCCUCCUCUUCAGCGCCGGCAAGUGCACCGUCAACUCCGCCGCGUACGGGCCCCUCUGGCGCGCCCUCCGCCGUAACUUCGUCAGCGAGAUCGUCACCCCCGCUCGCGUCAAGCAGUUCGGCUGGAUCCGGGACUGGGCUAUGGCCAACCACCUCGCCCGCGUCCGCGCCGAGUUCAAGGCCACCGGCGCGGUGCAGAUGAUGAGCAACUGCCGCCUCACCGUCUGCAGCAUCCUCGUCUGCAUCUGCUUCGGCGCCAGGGUCCCCGAGGACCACGUCCGGGUGAUCGAGGAGGUGCUCAAGGAGGUGAUGAUGAUGACGACGCCCAAGCUGCCGGAUUUCCUCCCUAUCUUCACUCCCUUCUUCCGCGGCCAGCUGACAGAGGCCAGGAAGCUGCGGAAGCGGCAGAUGGACUGUCUUGUGCCCCUGGUGAGAGCUCGAAGGGCGUUCGUGGAGAGCGGGGGGAAGAUGGACCCGAGCUCGGCGUGGGAGAUGGUGAGCCCGGUCGGCGAGGCCUACAUCGACUCCCUGUAUGGCAUGGAACCCAGCGGCAAAGGCCGGCUGGGCGAGGACGAGCUGGUGACGCUCUGCUCGGAGGUCAUGAGCGCCGGCACCGACACGAGCGCCACCAUGCUAGAGUGGGCGAUGCUGCAUUUGGUGCUCGACCAGUCGGCGCAGGAGCGGCUGUACGAGGAGAUCGUCGGAAAGGUCGGGAGGGACAAGGGGAGGAAGAUCACGGAGUCGGACGUGGAGGGGAUGGGCUACCUGCAAGCGGUGGUGAAGGAGACAAUGCGGCGGCACCCGCCGAGUCACUUCGUGCUGUCGCAUGCGGCGACGAGGGAGACGGAGCUGGGCGGGUACCGCAUCCCGGCGGACGCCAGCGUGGAGUUCUACACGGCGUGGGUGACGGAGAACCCGAGCACGUGGAAGGACCCGGGGGAGUGGCGGCCGGAGCGGUUCGAGGAGGGCGGCGAGGGGUGGGAGACGGACGUCACGGGGACGCGAGGCAUCAGGAUGAUGCCGUUCGGGGCCGGCCGGCGGAUCUGCCCCGCCGCCACCCUGGGGAUGCUCCACAUCCAGCUCAUGCUCGCGAGGAUGGUGAGGGAGUACCGGUGGGUGGCGGUGCCCGGCGAGCGGCCGGACCCGACCGAGACCUUCGCCUUCACGGUGGUGAUGAAGGAGCCUCUCAGAGCUGCCAUCUUGGAGAGGGAGUGAAGGGGGUAGAAAGAAGCCGUCGUCGAGUUCUCCCUCCAUUGCCAAGUAUUGUGUUCACUGUGAUCCUGCUUUGCUCGUCGGUCCAUCUCUAACACAGUUUCAUUGGGUUUACGUACCUUCAAGAAGUUGGUGAAGGAUGUGUUCGAGUGGUUUCGGUUUCGGUUUCUUCUCUUGCCUUGCUUGUUCUCGUUGUUCUUCUUUCCACCCUUCAUUAAAGAGGAGACUGUGGUGCAUCAAUAAAGCUAACUGCCCCUGCGAAA